GGUCACCCCUGCUUUGUCCCGUCCGGUUGUUAAGUGGCCAAUCAGUGCAGACAAGCAUGUUUCGUGUGCUGGUGACGGUUUGCGUGUUCCACCACGCCCUGGGGGGCUUCCCCAAUUUCUACCCGCGCCUCCCGGCCGAAGGCCUGCAGGUGGACGACGACCCGGGGGCGCCGCUCAUUCUCACGCCCCUGAUCGAGCAGAACAAGAUCGCGGAGGCGCAGCAGGCCGCCCAGGUGCACUUCGCUGGCUUCAAGAAGCAGCAGAGCUACGCAGGCUACUUCACGGUGGACAAGCUGUGGGGCUCCAACAUGUUCUUCUGGUACUUCCCGGCGCGCAGCAGCCCCGAGACGGCGCCAGUGCUGCUGUGGCUGCAAGGGGGCCCGGGCGCCUCCAGCCUCAUCGGCCUGUUCGGCGAGAACGGGCCGUUCACCGUCAAGGCCAAGCGCGGGCUCAAGGAGCGCCCGUUUUCCUGGACGGAGAACCACCACGUGAUCUACAUCGACAACCCGGUGGGCACCGGCUUCAGCUUCACCAGCGGGGGCUACGCCCAGAACGAGACCAAAGUGGGCCAGGACCUCUACGGGGCCUUGCUGCAAUUCUUCACGCUCUUCCCCCAGCUGCAGGGCAACGACUUCUUCGUGAGCGGCGAGUCCUACGGGGGCAAGUACGUGCCCGCCAUCGCCUACACCAUCCACCAGCGCAACCCUGACAGCCGCCUUAAAAUCAACCUCAAAGGUUUAAGCAUGGGGAACGGGCUGAGCGACCCUGAGCACCAGCUCAAGUACGGGCUCUACCUCUACCAGCUGGGGCUGAUCGACCUCAACGGGCUGCAGGCGGUGCAGGGCUACGAGGCGCAGGGCGUCCGCUACAUCGAGAGCAAGCAGUUCGACAAGGCGUUCGACGUGUUCGACUCGCUGCUCAACGGGGACCUGAACAACCACUCGUCGCUGUUCAGGAACCUGUCGGGCUUCGACAACUACUUCAACUACUUGUACGCUGUGGACCCGAUGGAGGCCGAGCUGCGCCUGAUGGCGAAAUACGUGCAGAGGGCGGACGUGCGGGCCGCCAUCCACGUGGGCAACACGAGCUUCAGCGACGAGACGAACGUGGUGGAGACGAACCUCAAGAGCGACGUGAUGCAAAGCGUGGCGCCGUGGGUGGCCGAGCUGCUCAGCCACUACCGGGUGCUGAUCUACAACGGGCAGCUCGACAUCAUCGUCGCCUACCCCUUGACGGAGAACUACCUGCAGAACCUGCAGUUCGCGGGCGCCGACCAGUAUAGGAGUGCGGGUAGGUUCCAGUGGCGCGUGGGCGCCGACCUGGCCGGCUACGUGAAGCAGGCGGGCAACCUGACGGAGGUGCUGGUGCGCAACGCCGGCCACAUGGUGCCCGCCGACCAGCCCAAGUGGGCCUGGGACUUGAUGUCGAGGUUCACCAGAAACAAGCCCUAUCACUCAGCUGGGCGCUUUAUUUGACCCGAUUUAACCCUAUUUGACCUUAGUCCGUAAUAAAUGACUGUCUACAUA